ACUCAACGGUCUGUUGCUAGGUAACCAAAGAAUGAGUGAGUUGCUAGGUAACAAUAACUGAAUACCAGCUUGUUGCUGUUAAGUCGGGUUUACGUUUGGAAAAGAACGGCGCAGACCUUCAUCUCUGCAGAAACCCUCAGCCUCAGAUGCAACAAAUCCACUUUCUUAUCCAUGAAUGGACACCGGCCAGAAAGACGGUCGGAAAUGGUGGCUUCCAACAUCAGCUGGGUUUCCCCUUUUUCUGUUUUCGGGCACCAUGUGACCGUUGGUCCUGGAACCCUGCUGUGCCAGUCCAUUGUCCUCAAGAGCCGCUGUCUCCCAAGUGUGUAUUUCAGCCUUGGUGAUGUAUUACCAGCUCAACUGUCUCCAGUGGCCAUCAGCUGCAGCUGUAAAGUUUGUUUUUAUUCAAACUUCAGCAGUUUUCUAGUUGUCCUUCUGAGAUAGUGACAUCAAUUUGUGACAUCACACAAAGAGUGAUGCACCCUUUGUGGAGUGAGAAUGCAUCACAAAUCUGCACUUGUGAAUUCAUAACCAUUGCAGAAGCUGGAGAGGAAGGAUAAGGAUUGUACUAAUUGUACUAACAGGCGAAUAAAGGAAAACACUGAUACAUUUUUUGAUUUGUCCAGAGAAAGUCUUAAAAAUGAGUAGGAGCAGUAAGCCAUCAACUUCUGGUUGCGAGAGGGGGAAAUUUCAACAGAUUGUAGCGAGAGAGACCGAGAAGCUACAAGGCAUCUUGAAAGAAGUUAGCAUGAUGUCCACUGAAAGAGAUGCUCUGAAUAAGGCAAAUGAGGAGGUGAGCACACUGAAGCACAAAAACAGUGAUCUGGAGGAAAGAAACAACGUCCUGGAGAAGGAAAAGGCCAAUAUGGAGAAGAAAAACGACAGCCUGAAGAAGGCAAAAGCUGCUUUGGAGCAGAAAAGCAACGUCCUGGAGCAGGAAAAGGCUGCUCUGGAGCAAAAAAGCAAUGUCCUGGAGAAGGAAAAGGCUGCUCUGCAGCAUAAAAGCAACGUCCUGGAGAAGGAAAAGGCUGCUCUGGAGCAGAAAAGCAACGUCCUGGAGAAGGAAAAGGCGGCUCUGGAGCAGAAAAACAACGUCCUGGAGAAGGAAAGGGCUGCUCUGGAGGAGAAAAACACCUCCAUGGAGCUCCAAAGAGCUUCAUGCUCCAAAGCGUUGGAGCAGGAAAACAACAUCCUGAAGAAGGACAAGGCUGCUCUGGAGGAGAAAAACAACGUCCUGAAGAAGGAAAAGGCUGCUCUGGAGCAGAAAAGCAAAGUCUUGGAGAAGGAAAGGGCCGAUAUAGUGAAGAAAAAUGACACCCUGAAGAAGGAAAAAGCUGCUUUGGAGCAGAAAAGCAAUGGUCUGGAGAAGGAAAAGGCUGCUCUGCAGGAGAAAAACAACAUCCUGAAGAAGGAAAAGGCUGCUCUGCAGGAGAAAAACAACGUCCUGGAGAGGGAAAAGGCCGAUAUGGUGAAGAAAAACGACGUCCUGAAGAAGGUAAAAGCUGCUCUGGAGGAAAAAAGCACCACCCUGGAGCUCCAAAGAGCUCCAGUUGGUAGCUCCAAAGAGUUGGAACAGGAAAGCAACAUCCUGAAGAAGGAAAAGUCUGCUCUGGAAGAGAAAAACGACGUCCUGAAGAAGGAAAACAACUCUUUGAUGCAGAAAAACAAUGACCUGAAGAAGGAAAAGUCUGCUCUGGAACAGAAAAACGAAGUCCUGAAGAAGGAAAAGGCUGCUCUGGAGGAGAAAAGCAAUGGUAUGGAGAAGGUAAAGGCCGAUAUGGAGCGGAAAAACGACGUCCUGAAGAAGGAAAAGGCUGCUCUGGAAGAGAAAAACACCAAGCUGGAGCUCGAAAGAGCUCCAGCUGGUGGCUCCAAAGAGUUGGAGCAGAAAAACAGCGUCCUGAGGAAGGAAAACAACUCUUUGGUGCAGUUUAACAACGUGCUGAAGAAGGAAAACGCUGCUCUGGAGGAGAAAAACGAUGUCCUGAAGACGGAAAACAACUCUUUGGAGAAGCAAAACAACAUCCUGAAGAAGAAAAAGGCCGAUAUGGAGCAGAAAAGCACCGCCCAGCAGGAGGACAACAACGCCGUCAUCGACCAGGUAAGCACUGUCUUGAAGGAAGAAAUCACUGCCCUGAAGAUGAAAAGCACUGCCGUGGAGCAGCAAAACACUAUGUUGGAGCAGAAAAGCAACUUCUUGGAGCAGAUAAACCAUGCCCUGGAGCAGGAGAACGCUGCCCUGAAGGAUAAAAGCUCUGCCCUGGAGGAGAAAAGCACCGUCUUGGAGCAGAUAAGCUCUGCUCUGGAGCAGGAAAACACCGCCCUGCAGCUCAAAAGUACCGCCCUGGAGCAGAAAAGCACCGCUCUGGAGCAAAUAAACACCGCUUUUGAGCAGGAAAACACUAGCCUAAAGCUGAAAAGCACUGCUCUGGAGCACAAAAGCAAUGCUCUGGAGCAUAUAAACGCGGCCUAUGAGAAGGAAAACACCGCCCUGAAGCUCAGAAGCGAUGCUCUGGAGCAUAUAAAUGCCGCCUUUGAGCAGGAAAACACCAACCUGAAGCAUGCAGUGGAGCAACUGAAGAGAAGGCUGAGGGCCAAAGAGAUGCAACAGAACCAACUGCCAUCUGACGAGGAAACCCAGGAAGACAGCCAGUCGGUUUCAGAAGAGCUGCAGGAGCACCCAACAAUAAUCAGACGUGUGGUCGGAAGCGUCUCCAAUACACUUUGGAAAAUGUACCGAAGAGACAAUCUCAGGUACUGGAUUGAAAGAUGGUACUUCUAAAAUAAGAAGGGUCAUGAUGGCUCCAACGUUAUGCUUGAUUAUCGGUGGCAUUAAAGCUUGAGUCCGGGGAGCUUGACACUUGGUGUAGGAUGAGGAGCUUGGGGCAAGCAGUGCCGCCAGCGCCAAGUUCUCUAUCCGGCAUCACAAAGCUGCAGACAUCAUAUUCCUCCAUCGAUCCAGGAUGCUUGAUGAUGCAUCCUGUGUCGAUGCAGGAUGAUGCAUUCUGCUUCAAUGCAGGUUCCUCUGCUGGUUUCUCCCGGCAGAGGAACCUGCACCUCCCGGUUCCUGCUCUGCCGCCAGCAGGUAGUUGCUCCGCUGCCACUGUCGCAGGUCCCAUCAACCUCCCAGCCAGGCCCAGGUCCUCUGGGAGGGGUUUCUGCAUGUUCUCCCCAUGCAUUUGUGGGUUCUCUCCGGGUACUCCGGCUUCCUCCCAAAGUCCAAAAGCAUGACUGUUAGGUUAAUUGACUUCUCUAAACUAAGUGUGGAUGUGUGCAUGCAUGGUUGUUUUUCACCUGCCUGUGUUGCCGGCAACGUGUCCAGGGUAUUCGGGAGGAGUGCUGGUGCCUAUCUCCAGCGAACAUUUCGGGCGAGAGGGGGGGUCACCCUGGACAGGUCGCCAGUCCAUCACAGGGCAACACAGAGACAGACAGGACAAACAACCAUGCACACUCUCACACCUAGGGAGAAUUUAGAGACCAAUUUAAAAACGGAUACAAAAAUAAAUUAUACAAAUCAGGGGUUCGAUUCAGAGGCUAGGGGCCAGGAUGGUCAGUGUCAAGACUAAGAUGCCUCACCGAUUAUCCACAAUUCACUUUCUGCAUGUUUUUAUUCUUUCACUUGGGUCUUAAAUCCUUAAAAAAUUAAAAACAAAACCCACUAAGUUGUUUUUUGGUGUUUUGAAAAUGAGCCAUUUCAAUAAACAUAAGCAGUCACUGCCCGUUACCUAGCAGGUUACCUUUUGCUAGCAACC